AUGGAGGGAGGUAAUGAUGCUCAAUCUGAUGAAGAGGAAGCUAAAGAACCUGAGUGGUUUCAAAACUUUGUAGAAGAACACAAAUUCAACUUUGAAAAGGAAGAACAAGAACCACAGUUCCCUGAGGAUGAAGAGGUUGAUCCAAGUAUGAUGCUGGUUGGUACCAGAUUUGCUAAACAAGAAGACUUUAAAAGGAAUUUGAGAGCUUUCUGUGUGUUGAAUGAAACUCAGUUUCUGGUCAAGGCUAGUUGUUCUAGGAGAGUGAAGGCUCUAUGUAGAUUUCAUGAGGAAUAUAAAUUUCCUUGGUUUGUGUUUUGUUCAAGAAGGAAAAAAGGUGGUUACUGGUCAAUUACAAGUCUGGAAGAGAAACAUACAUGUGCUGGUGAUCCAUUUAGGAGGAAUAAGUCUGCAAACAAGUAUUUUGUUUGUGACUGGGUAAAGGAUAGGCUUAAGAGCAUUGCUGGUAAAGUUAUUCCAAAGCCAGGACAAAUAGCUGAAGACUUUUUUACUCAAACCAACUUUAAUAUACCAUAUCAAACAGCAUGGAAGGAAAGAAAUUUAGUUCUAGAAUCACUGUAUGGGAACUAUGAAGAAAGUUUCAAUAAUGUACCCACUUUCUGCAACAUGGUGACCAAAACAAAUGAAGAUUUUGUGGCUAUUUACACAUAUGCACAAGUUGAUGAUCGUUUUGAAAGCAUGACAAUAUAUUUUGCAUCAUCACUUCAAGGAUUUAAAUAUGGAUGUAGAGAAGUAAUUGGGUUGGAUGCUUGCCAUCUUACUGGCAAGCAUGGUGGUGUGCUAAUGGCUGCAACAACACUAGAUACACAAAAUGGUUUAGUACCAUUAGGGAUUAUGAUUUGCAGGGCCGAGACCAUAGAGAAUUGGACCCCGUUUCUCCAACAUUCGGCUCCACAUAUCACUGAUCAUAAGUGUCCAAUUACAUUAAUAUCUGAUAGGAAGAAGGGAUUAAUGAAGCUGUGUCUGCGGCGUUUGGAAAAACUCCUCAUAGAUAUUUUUAUAGGUAAUGAAAACAUGAAACUUUUGAAGAAUGAAAAUGAGGAAGCUUUUAAGUAUCUUAUGAGGGAAAAUCCUGAGUUGUGGUCAAGGGCUUUUUUGAUAGCACAAGCAAAUGUGAACAUAUGA